AUGAAAUUAAAUUUUUGCAUUACUCCCGCCUUAGUCGACUGGCUAAAGAAGUUAUGGUGUUUUUUGCUGAUGCCCCACGCUGGUACAAAACAAAAACAAAUUAUUAAAAGUUUAAUUAAAAUUAAUCUUUGCCCCGCCGAAAAACGAAGAAGAAGAAAAAUUAAAGAAAAUUCUCGGAAAAGAAAGCAGAACAAAAUUGUGAAAUCAUUUAGAGGAGAAGUACAAGAAAGAGAUUUCUGUGUUUUUGUACCGUGUUUCCUUCCCAUGCUGCGCUGGGUGGUUGAAGGUAGUCAGAGAACCCACAAUGUUAAGCACAUUUUAAAUAAUUUAUGUUAA